AAUUGGAAGGAGCGGUCAGAAAAUGCCCGGGAAAAUAUGGGGCUCGUGCCCGAGCGGAAGCGGAAGCGGGCCCCUCCCGAGCGGCGCGCGCCGGGCCUGUAACGGUCGGCGGAGGCGGGAAGCGGGUCCGGACCGGCGAGGCGGGACCAGGCGAGAGCUGCGGGGACUGUCCGCCGGCACGAUGGGAGAGCGCGGCCGCAGAGGAGCGCCGUGAUACCCGGCUCAGCCCGUCUCAGGCCCGCACGUCUAACCCCCAGUCCCGAUCAGGGUCGCGGGAAAACAAGGGACAGACGGACCGCGGACAGCGGCCCGAGCCCCUCGAGCGGCGGGCGCGAGAUGAGCAGGGUGCCCCCACCUCUGGGGGCUGGGGGGGCCGCGCAAUGUCGCACGCGGGGGCCCCGCCCGUGCCCUGCCCGGUGCCCCUGGGCCAGGUGAAGGCCCCGGGCCGCGGGGCCGAGCUGCACAGGCACACCCUGGACAGGAACCUGCCGAAGAUGGAGAAGCUGCUCAGGCAAGGAGUGGACGUGGACACUGCCAAUAACCUGGGCCAGACGCCCCUGUUCUGCGCUGCUCUGCUGGGCCUGACCAGCGCUGUGGAGCUGUUACUGCAGUACGGAGCCAACCCCAACCACCGCUGUGAGGACAGGAGCACGCCGGUCCAUGCUGCGGCCUUUUCCUGCAACCCCUGGCUGGUGAGCGGGCUGCUGGAGGCUGGGGGGGACCUGCGGCUGCACGACCAGGAGGGGCGCACCCCCGAAGCCUGGGCCAGGGAGGGGCCGCAGGAGCACAGCUCACGGAUGCUGGAUUUCCUGCAGCGCUGUGUGGCUUGCAUGCAGUCCUUCACCCAGCCGAGCCAGGCCAGAGACUCCUGGAUGUCAAGACGCUCCUGCAAAACCCUCGUCCCUUCGCCCUCCCUGCUGGAGAGGUUCAGACAGGGUGGCUCUGACCUGCAUGUGAACAGAAAGCCGAACUCCAAGCUGCCUUCCACAGUCCAGUGCUACGGGUUCGGGAAGCUGUGCGCUGGUGGGCCGAGCCAUGCCACAGGUUUCCUGGCCUGCACGCCCAUGAUCGAGGACAGGGAGCUGGCGCAGGCAGAAGACGAGCCCCUGCUGUCCUUUUCCUGUGGAGCCUUCAUGAGUAUGACCAAUUACAGCUGGAAUGGGUGCCGGGUCACAGUGAAGGAGCUGCAGGCUCAUAACGCAGUGCACCGAGGCAGUAGGGAUUGCUACCUGGACCUGUUGAUCAUCGAGCAAGAGUACUGCAGUCAGCUGUUCCACCCCCACCUGCUGCAGCUGCUGGCAGUGAGUGUGUCUGCUGACUCCCUGAGACCCCGCUUGGUGUUUGAGAGAGUGCACAUCGGAUCCCUCUAUGACCUCCUGCACCACAGGAGGGCCCAGUUCCCUGUGCUGCGGAUGGAUGCCUUGCUGCCCGUGGUGCUGCAGGUGUGUGACGCCCUGGUGUACCUGCACUGCCGCAGCCUGGUCCUCCGCAGCCUGUCCUCUCAUGCUGUGCUGCUUGUUCACCCCGGGGUGGCCAAGAUUACUGGCCUGCAUUUCAUGGAGCUCAGAUGUUGCCCUUGUGCCCGCGUGCUGAGCGACAGUGAUGGGAACCCCCUCAGAGUCAACGCCUGCCUGCCUCUGCCCCCGGAGCUGUACAACUGGGCUGCCCCGGAGGUGAUCAGGGGGCGGCCCUGUACUGGCAAGGCUGAUCUCUACAGCCUGUGUGCCCUCCUCCAGGAGCUUCAUACAGACGCGGUGCCGUGGGGGGCGGUGGGGCCGCGGGGCAUCAGGCAGGCUGUGGAAGGCGGGCAGGCCCUGGCCGCUGACGAGCGCAUUCCCCCGCCCUACUACGCGCUGGUGAGGAGCGGCCUGCAGCCUCGCCCCCAGGACCGCAGCCCCAGCCUGCAGGACCUGCGCCUGCAGCUGCGCAGCGACGUCAAGGAGCUGUCCCAGAGCAGCCGGCAGAGGUGGGGGAGCUGUUCGGCCCCGGCGAUUGUGGGGGCUGGGGGCUGGGUGCUGGAGACUGUGCAGGACCCCAAGGACCAUCGCGCGCUUCCUGUGCAAGAGGGGCAGCCGCAGCGUGUGCUGACUGACAGCGCUGUGCACCGGGAGAUCCUGGACCAGCUGGGCCAGCUGGACCGGCUGCUGGAGGGGGAGCACGAGCUGCGCGCGGGCACGGGCGAUGGGGCCCUGGAGGGCCACGAGGGGGGCGGUCCGGGACUGGGACAGGCUUUGUCUGAUCCACCGCAUGCCUUCCGUGCAAGUGAGGUCUCCAUUCGUGAGAUCCUGCCCUUAGAUGCCCACAGGCUUUCCUUGCACCACAGCCUGGACUCUGACAGCAGCAGGGAAACGGGCUCCGAUGGCACCCCCACCCAGGACGAGCUGGAAGAGGAGGGUGAGGACCCAGCGCAGAAGCCCUGCGAGAUCUCUCAGGCGAUCAGCGCCAGCGUGCUCAACCUGAAGGUGUCGCAGGUGCUGCUGCAGCAGUCGGAGAGCAGCCUGCUCAACGUGCAGAGGGCCAGGGCCGCACUGGGCCGGCGGGAGGUGCCCUCUGCUGUCCCCUGGGGGCAGGGAGAGAGGCAGCUGGCGGUCGGCCGUGAGCAUGUGUGUGGUGGGGGUGGACUCGCCGAUGAGGUCGAUGGCCGACAAAGUGAGAAGACGGAGGACUCCUUGGACUCCGGCUCUGAGUGGGGGUUUUCCAGAGCCGUGGGUCCUCCAUCUCACUACCGUUUCGCCCAUCCUGGCUACGGCGUCCCGGCCAGGGGCUGGCCCUCAGGGCUGCGCAGGGCUGCGCAGUCCGCUGCUGCAGACGAGCCCCCGGACUGGCCGGCAGAACACGAGGACCUGAGUGAGGGGGAGGGCAUCAGCGACUACAGCUCCGCCCUGGAUGAUAGCUUCGUAACUGUGCGUCCUGGACGUGCUCAGGCAGGCAGAGGGAGCAUAGCUGCUGCAGUGGCAGAGACAGGAGGCCAGCACUCGUGCAGAGAGCAGUGUACCGUCCACAGGCAGGGCCCCCAGGACAGGUUCACAGGAUUUUCGAGACCCACAGGACCGACACAGCAUCGAGUUUCUGCUUCUGGCCUGUCCGGGUGUCACAGAUCUGCUGCUGCUAAGUGGACAAGCGAGGUGACGCAGGUGGUGGAGAAGAUGACCCGCGGCCGGCUGGGGAGCGCAGCCUGGACGCCUAGCAGCGAGAGUGAGGACACUGAGGACAGGACGUCCCAAUUCUCACAUCUCUGCAGGCCACAGGGCAGUGGAUAUAAGGGCUCCGAAAGACCUGGGCACGAGAGCCAGGGGUCAGGAAGCAGCCAGGGCAGCACCAAGCUGGAGCGUCUCUUCAAGAGCUUUGCAGGUGUUCAGAGUGAGAGUGAGAGUGAUGCUGAGUUUCACACCAUCAACAGGACCUUUAGUCUUUCUGCCAGACUCUUGGAGGACACAGGCUCCAGACAGGAAGACGUCAGCUCUGAGUCUGAGGGUGCAGAGUCUCCUGCGGAGGAAUCUGAUGAGUUUGUCACGCCCAUCCCUGGUUCAGAACUUCACAAGGCAGGGCGACAGGCUCAGACGCAGACGCCCAGCUCCGAGGAGGACCUGGAGGUGACGGAGGAGGUGUGUCGGCCCUCGGGCCGAGCAGUCCCAGCCAUGGCCGCCUGUGACCUAAGGACCGGAACCACGCCAACAGAAAGCUCAGCUGUCGUAUCAGACCCAGCAGAGAGAACUGACCCUGCUGCCCUCCAGAGAGUCUCCUACCCCACAGCAAGCUGCCUGCCGGACAUCGCUGAUCUGUCCAGCAUCGUGUGUGAGGAGGAGUGGCCCAGCAGGGAGGGACAGCAGCCCAGCCCAGUGAAGAGAAACGCCCCCACCUGUAACAGCACCCCCCUUCACCCAGGUGCAGUGAGUAGACAUCACCCCAGACUCGGUGGGGAACCUGCAGAGCUGCUGCCGCCUCUCCACAGUCUGCUGGACACCUUUCCCUGGGGCAGCUCGCCCACCCAGCUCCACACCGCUGACACCUUCACUACAGCCAGCGCCGGCAUGGCCAGCCCAAGUGACCUCUCUGUGUCCAGUGCACUGCACCCCCCCAGACUGGACCACAGUCCUGUCCAUAGAGAGACGGACACACCUGCUGGCCGCUGCUGGGACACCCCAAGUGCAGGAACGUCCGCGGGUCGGGAUGGUGGCAGUUGUGCCAGAGAAGGGGGCCCCGGGGACCCCGGCACAGCGGCGGCAGAGUGCCGGGAUGCCACAGGCGAGGCUCUCUCUCCGGCGGUGGACGGGCAGGUCACCCGUAGCCAUGACGAGCCGGGCAGUGGCAUGGGUGCAGGGGCCCCUGGGACACAGAGUCCACACUCCAACAGCCCUGCCGCAGCAGCAGAGGCGCCUGCUGGGCCUCUGUGGGCUCCUGGCCCAGACGACCAUCCCACUCCGAAAGGGCCCACAGGGAUAGAGGCUGUGUCCCCCCUAAGUGAGAAAGACCUGCCAGGACCCAGUGUCCUCUCUGGCACAGGCCUGCUAGCGUACAGCAGAGCACUGGACGGCUUGCCGGCAGCUGACGCUCGAGACCUGGAAGGAGGACAACCCCCUUCCGCUGAAGCUGGCAGCGCUGGGCAUGGGGUGAGGAUCGAGGCGCCCUCAGACGAGACGCUGAGAGAGGGGCGCAGUCUGCUGGAGGAGACGGACAGAGCUCACUCCACUCUGGAUGAGGUGCUGCAGGGCAUGAUGGGAGAGAAAGGCAGCACCCAGAAGUCCCUGAGAAGUCCAAGGCCUGAGCAACUGCCAAGGAUUCAGGAGAGCCUGUACAGCGAGGACACUUGCUGCCCCGCUGCAGCCGGCGGGGAGAGAGCAGGAAAGCCAGAGGAGCCCGACAGCAGGACAGCGCUCGGCCCCGCAGACAGCGUGGAUGAGCAGGGGGAGAAGUUCGAACCCGGCCUCCGAGUGCACUGGGCCCAGCCCCACAGGUUGAUUAUCUUGGAACAGACUCCCACCAAAAGCCAGAGUGACCCGGGGCCAGCGAUGACCACACAGCCAGCAGCACGCAGAGAUCGAGACUGAAGCUGCAGGGGGAGACGCACACACAGAGAGCCGGACCCGGGCUUCUUCCUCGCUCUCCAGCCUGCCCUUGGCAGCUGGGGCUGCUGUUUUAUUUGAAUUUGGGCCAUGGCUAUUUAAAAAAAUUAAAUUGUAAUAUUUUAACACCAAAGUCAGGACACAUUAAUGAGUAAGGCUAUACUUUUUCAUUAAGGUGCCGUAAAAUGCUCUUGGUAAGCUUCAGUUUUCAGUGGAGAAGGUUCUUGGUUUUUAUACGAUAGGAGCCUUGGAACUGUUUAAGCUUCCUGUAGUAGAUUUGUUCUGAUGGGAGAUACAGUUUUUCUCUGUUCACCUUUUUGUUGUUUCAAGCUGUUCAGAGCUGGAGCUGACGAGGCCGAGCAGUGGGCAGCCAAGGUCCCUGCUUGAAACUGUCAGCUCUAGACCUGCCUGUUAGUACUGUACAAGCCAAAGAGGUCUGAAGAGACUUUUAAUCUUAAUAUUAUACAUCAACUGUUUUUUAAAUAUUUUAAAAGAUAAAAAAAAACAAAUAGGCAUGAAUUUGAUAUUAUACUCCAUAGCUAUUGCAACAAAUGUGUUGUUAACCUGAGUUCUUGUUUGAUUUGCCAUUAAAACACAAAAAAUAGAUGCUUGCACCAGA